AUGUUAAAGCACUUAACACUUAAGUGUAAUUUUGCUUAAAUCUAUGCCCUGUCUGUGUCACUUUAUAAUGUAAAUGACUUCAACUUUGUCAAAAGUUCUGUGCUCCUUUCAUGUUUUUAUUGGUGGGGGCAAAUGCACAUGCUCUAAGUAUUAAGGGGGACAUGUGCCCUGCAUCCCCCUGAAAUCUACGCCUCUGGUAUCCUGUGCAGUAUAGGAUGCACAGGAUUUGAGUGCAAGCAAUAGACAGCAGUAGCAAAGGUUAUAAAUAGUAGUAGAAGCAGUAGUAACAGAAGUAGUGGUAGUUUAUGUUUGUUCAAUCAAAUCUCAUGUAGCCUGUAAGCUAACACGGUGCUCUCCCAGCCAGGCUACUGUUGAUUGGUCCAGGGACGGGCCUGCUCCGUAGCAGCUGCCGUCAUCCUAUCAAACGUGCUGGGGAUGCUGACUGUAGCUGAUCCCUCUGUCCUCUCCUGCUGAUGGACUGCGGUCUGCACGGACUCUGUUUGGACACAUCAGACGGAUGGAUGCUGAGGAUCCGGGGCUGAGAUGAGAUAAGCGUCCUCUGUCUCCGCCGAGCUGCUGCAACGCCGAGCACGCAGGAAAGACGUUGUCACUUCGGAGCACCGGGAUACAAGGAUUUAACAUUUUAUUCCACCAGUGAGCUGCUAUUGGAAAGACUCGUCUCCUCUUUGCACAUAACCGCCACUUCGAUAAUGGUCCCGACGCUGCUCUCCAGAGGUGAUGUGAGCUGAACUGGCGGGGAAGCCGCAGAGGAGCUGUCCGUCUGUCGAGGUGCGGAUGCGGCUGUGACAGAAGCGAGCAUGGCUGCCGGGAAGUUACUGCUCUACGCCGGGCUCUCUCUUUCUCUCUGCGCCCUGGGCAUGCUGGCCGUGGCGAUGUGCUCCGACCACUGGUACGAGACUGACGCCAGGAGGUACAGGGAGCGGUGCCGAAGCUUUUCCAGCCGCCGCAAGGACCCGGGCUUCAUCUACAUCCCCAACAACAGCCUGCCGCUGCGGGCCAGCCGGAGCAGCCUUCCCCGCUGGGAGGAGAAGCUGCUGCUGGCCCGGAACCGGCGGCAGCUGUUCGCCAUGAGCGCCGCGGAUGAGUGCAGCAGGCAGUAUAACUCAACCAACAUGGGGCUGUGGAGGAAAUGCCAUCGGCUGGGCUUCGACCAAGAAAUCGAAGACCUGAUCCGGAAAGGUUCCAUUGCAAGGUGCUCCUACAUCAAGUAUCACUACUCCUCGGCUACGAUACCCAAAAACCUCUCCUUCAACAUCACCAAGACAAUAAGGCAGGAUGAGUGGCACUCCCUCCACUUGCGGCGGAUGACAGCAGGUUUCAUGGGCAUGGCCGUGGCCAUCAUCCUGUUCGGCUGGAUCAUUGGCGUGCUCGGCUGCUGCUGGGACAGAGGCCUGAUGCAGUAUGUGGCUGGCCUCCUCUUUCUAAUGGGAGGAACCUUCUGCAUCAUCUCCCUCUGCACCUGUGUUGCCGGCAUCAACUUCGAGCUCUCCCGUUACCCGCGGUACCUGUACGGCCUGCCUGACGACAUCGGCCAUGGCUACGGCUGGUCCAUGUUCUGCGCCUGGGGCGGCCUUGGCCUUACCCUCAUCGCUGGCUUCUUCUGCACCCUGGCUCCCUCUGUCCAGCCAAUACCCCGAUCCACCUGCCCCAAGUCCCGACAGGAGAACGGCACCGUGUGCUAAAGCCGGCAGCCGUCAGACGACCAACUGAACCCACAGAUUGACAACAAACAAACCAUGUCUUCAUACGUCCACUCAUCUCCAGUGUCUCCUGGUUACAGAUUUCUUUUUUAUUUGUGCGUGUGUUUAAAAAUGGGUGUCUUGAUGAUUUGCUAUCUUGAAAAUAACAGAAAAAAAACUGAAGAACUACAGAAAUAUUAUCAAAAAAAUUGAAGUUGUGCUUGUUUUGUUGUUGUGGAGCAGAUGCUGAAAUGGACCAUGACUAAGAAAGGUUUCAAAGGAAAUACAUGGAGACACUGAAAGACUACAUUUUGGAUUGGUUAUAGCAAAAGAGGGGCUCCAUACCCCAAAAGGCGAUAGACAAUGGUGUUCAACCUGGAAAUUUCUUCUAUUAACUGGUCUACUGUGAUUGUGGAGAACUCAGUGAAUCGGCAGUAUUGGAGGGAAACAGUUUGAUUGUUAAGAUCAAGUUUCUCAUGGACUUGGCCUCUCGGAGCCCCCCGUGGGAUGAUUCACAAGGGAAUGGACCAGACAUGAAACCACAUGACCUGCUAGGCUUGGAUCAUGUUAAGUGGCCAUUUGUUAACUUUCAGUAUUCCAGCCCCUGAGGUCCCUCCGGUUACUCGGGACAUGCUGGCAGUGAGGAGAUCCAGGACCUCCACUGUUGUACAUUAUUGUACAGAAUAUUCCAGAGAAGUGACAACCAGGAACUGUCAUGUUGGACCAUUUUCAUUCUCGUGUAGGUGCAUUUCAUUCCGUCUAAUGAUCCCAUCUGCCAUUUAGCAUUUUAUACAUGCAUUCUUCUUUUAUUCAAAGUGUAUUUUCCUUUUUACUGAGCCCUUCAUGUUGUGAACGAACUGUCGACUGAGUGUACAUUCAGAGCAAAUGUUGUGUUUGUUUGACUUUUUCCAUUCUAGUCAUAGAGGUAAAUGUGUGUGUAUGAGUGUGUGUAUGCGUGGGGACAGGUUGUUUUGCAGUCUCCAUAGAAAAAAGUCGUAAAACAUUACCAUAAUGACAAAGUGGAGCCCUGCCUUGAGGAUGUAUAAAGGCAGGAGCUUUGAUGAACAGAGAGACAUAAUGGAGAGAUGUAGUAUCCUGUUUAACCUGACUGACUUCUGCCUCGUCAUCUUUUCUGGAGAUUCCCAGCAGACGUGGCAGAUGAAGAAGAGUUUUUUUAAAGGGGGGUAGCGUGUUCAGCUCUGUUCUCUGCUGCUCUGAGCAACGAUGGAAGGCUUAAGUAAUUGCAUCUGAUGAGAACACGCUCCGACUUCUCUUCCUGGGAUUCUGUGAAGCUCCGCUGCUUCUCCUCCAGCUCUUAUUUUUCUUUCACCAUCAGCCAAGACCUGGCAGGGCUUCCUGCAGGGCCUCCUCUCUCUGAGAGGAGGGUAAACAGUACAGUAUCAAAGUACAGGGUUAAAAAGGGGUCACCUUACUCAGUCAAAACACGUCUAGACUGAAGAAGAAAAGCUAAAUGUUCUGUAUUUGCAAGAUUCCUCGAGGCUGCCAAUCGUAAGUCAGAACUCAAAAUACACACUGGCAUGGACUUGAAUAUUUCUAUGCACAUUAAGGAUGAUGAUCAUGUUGCAAUAAAUAGGCCAUUUAAACUCUCACCAGGACCAAUUAUAGCAGCUAGUUGUGCAGGCGUUGACAGAAGGCACAGAUAUGGACAUCCAGUCAUCCAACAAUGCAAAACAACAAAGGUAGUGAGACCAUAGUCAGCGUUAUCUUCCAUUUGAAACAUCCACGGAAAAACACAAUUCGAAAACAAACCCUGAACUGUGAUCUGUCUAAGAAUAAUUUUGUUAAUUACAACUCGGGUCUUAUUUUACAGGCUCUUAUGUCAGCAUAUAAAAACCUGGAUAUUCUUGGAUAUUCUACCUAUAGUACACCAAUACUGGGAAGCUGUGGCUUGUAUCCUGGUUUAAUUUAGGGAUGUUUUCUGGAACUGGGGACCGGUAAACAGGUCAACACCAGUCUAGCAGACCAGUGAGGUGUGGGAGUGACAGAUAUGGUUAACCUACUGUAGGUUUAACAUAUACUUGUUUAAAAUAAUGGAUACAGUGACCUGGAUGUCAACCAUUGGUUUGUGGACUACCAUUCUGAAGGCUCAAGUUUGGCAUUUUGACCGUCACCAUCUUGGAUUUUUGGAGCCAGAAGUGACCAUAUUUAGAGGACAGGGUGAAGCUAACCAUAAAGCUAGCUUGGUAAGAAUGGUUUCAUUAUAGCUAUGGUUUAUUGCAAUAAUGCUAAUGCUGUUGCUAAUUUUUGCUAGUGAAAAACAGGCUUAAAACCAUUAAAUGAAAAUAUACUUAUGAAAAAACAUAGCAUAGCGACUCCUUAGAAGGUCUUUUAAUACGACCAAACACUGAACAAGAUUUAUUUAGGUGACCAAAACAAGAACAACAUGAACUGAAAACACACUGAAAUAGCAACAGCUACGAUUACACCUUUACUCUGUGGAGCUGGAGUUAUGGCAUAGUUAUGUAACCUACCAACAUUGUCAGCCUGGUAGCGACUUGUCAGCAACCCACCUGUCACUCAAAGUGGUCAUUCCCCUAAUAAUGCAUAACUGUAAGCCUCAAUAACAUUUGAAUGGGAGGGUUUAAGAGAAAAUUCAGCUCCCUUACAGUUGUCAUGUACUUCGAAAUUAGCUCCAAAGACCAGAUACAUUUAUUUGCACCAGGCUGUAAACAUGUUUAUUUCUGCUGUAAAGUUGGCCAUUUUAACAUUGUGGUCUAUGGGGACUGACUCGCUUUUGGAGCCAGCCUCAAGUGGCCAUUCGAUAAACUGCAGUUUUUGGCACUUCCACAUUGGCUUUAUUUUUUCAGCCCCAGAGGAUGCCCCUUGAUGUUUUUAUGUUUUAGCCUGUGUUCAGCAAAACACUGCCUUCAUUUUAAAUUAAGACAAAUUUAUAUGAUUUCUCAUCAAGAUUUAGUCCAGAGGACGGUGCUUUAGCUGCUAGUAUGCUUCAUCAGAUGAUCAGACAGCUUCAGAAACCCACUCCCCCCAUACCCCUCCUAUGUUACGCUCUUUAGCCCCUCUCCAGUGGCUUCCUGUGGCUUGACAAAAAAUCUUAUGGAAAUGAAUGACCAUUAUUUUGUAACAUUUUAAUUUUCACUUAUUGUUGGUAGGCCUAAAGGGAAUCUUAAAUUCUCCAGUUGUAAAGCUGGUAGCCAUACACCAAAUUAAAAAAGUGUGUUAACAUUCAUCAACUAAAAUGUGUGUCAUAUGUCUACAGCCUGGUGCCCUUUCCAAAGCAUCAAAUAAUCACAAAUAACCUAAAAUCUUGUAGUAAAACAAAUUAAUGAAUAGUCGCUGAGAUAUUUAUAAUGUUGAUAGGCUAAUUUAGUUACCUUAAUUACAAUGCUCAAUUAUGCUUUGUGGCUCUGUACAAUUUUUUGGGGGAGGUGGGGGGCAAAAAUACCUGUAUAACAGUAAAGGUCCCCGACCUAGAGAAAACAAACAAAACUUAAAUAAAUUCAAAUGUAUUCUACAGACUACAGAUGAAAAAUGUCCUUUAGAGCUACUUUGUAAUGUCCUCCAAAUCUUAAAACAACAGCAACAACAACAACAACAACAAAAUAAAUACUUCAACUUUAAAAUUAAGCCCAAAAUUAAAGUGUUUGUGAGGCCAUACAAUACAUCUGUAGAUACUAUCUAUGUGAUAAUAUCUUUACGCCCCAGUAGCCAACACUACUUGAACUGGCACUGGUUUAUAUCUGCAUUAACUGUUGGCUUGUUUGAAAUCUGUCUGAUCCUCUCACUGUUUCUUGACUCAUAUGACCGUCACCGUCUUCCCACAUGAAUAGAAUUUAAUCAUGAACUGAUGGCUUAAGCGAAACAAAUAAGACCCAAGUUGUAUCAAACCAGAGUUAACCUUUAAUAACUGAAACUCCCCGAUUAUCGGCUGCUCCCGUGCAACACACACUGGUGCCCUUGAGGGCAGUUACAUCCCAUACCAUACAUAUUAAUCAACAUCUGGCUCUGUAAAGGUGGUCGCUGUAGAAUUGGCUGUAUGCACAGAUAUCUCAGAGGUAGAAAUUUUGUGGUUUUCAAUUUAUUCAGUAACAUUAGAGAUAAAAAAUAAAGUAGUUUUUUGUCUCCAAAUUGAAUUGAUGGUGACACUGUUGUGUUUGUGGGGUCUAAGGAAAAAUCUACUGGGGGAGCUGGAGGGAGAUUGGAGCCGAGUUUUUCAGUGACAGCUGCUACAUGGGUUAACAUAUUCGUCACAGCUUCUUCAGUUAGUAACAGCCCCUUCAAAGGGUUCAGUGAAAACCACUCACCCUCCUGUACUGAGCUACACCCCAGCUAGAGAACAGGGUAAUGAGAUAUGACAGUCAGUGUUUUUAAUAAUAAUGUCAUUGUUAUCUGGAGACAUCAAACAUGGUUUUCUGGUGAUCAGAGAUAUCAUUUCCUCAUUAUGUGGGGAUAAUCAUGUUUUAUUCAAGUCAGUUUCAUCAUGGAGUCGUUCCUCUGAGAGGCUUCUCAGACCAGAGCGGAGCAUCUGUGACAGAUCAUAAACUGUGUAGACGGGCCAACACAUAUUCUUAUAAUAACAUUAUCCUACAUAAUGAAAUAAUAAAGUCAUCAUCGUAAAUUAACCGUUUCAAAGCCCUUCGCUGAGAUAAUGAAAUAUCGAACCAUUAUAUCUGAUAACGGUCUCGUAAAGUAAAGAUUAGCAUCACACAAAAAUCAUAAGAAAAUUAGAUAAUUAAGUUGCAAUCUCAACAUAAUGGACCAAAAACAAAAAAAGUUCAGCAACCACUGCUGGUCGUUAAUCCAUAUGAGCCAUAUGUCGUCUUACAGGUUCAAUGAGGCCAGAGUCUUUCUUUGCCAUCAGGGUAUAUUCUUUCAGUAAGAGAAGUUCCCGUGGACACAAGCUGAUAAUGCAAUUGAGCAUGAAAUUACUUUAACUCUACUGGACUUCAAGAGCUGUGCUGCUUAAACCUUCCUCAGAAGAGUACUGCGCGCGCGCACACACACACACACACACACACACACACACACACACACACACAGAUAGUAACAAUAUGAGGAGAAGUCAGGUGUUUGGAGCGAGGGAGGAGUUAUGAAGUAAGAUAAUGUUCCUUAACAUAAAGUUGUACAUGGGCCCAGCUGAUUAAGGCUUAGCCUAUUGAUCACGCCAAAUUUAAGACCGAAUCUUAGUCUGAGAUGUGAAUGUCAUACGAUAACAGAGGCUUUGGGGAAAAAUAACAUUAUGAGUUUGUCUGAGCUCCACAGUCUGGAUGUUAAAGUGCCAUGUAGUAAUUAAACACUAGCUGGCAUUAUUAGCAAACUUAUGAUUGAUUCUAAAUCAUCAUAAUCACAGUCCUUGAUUUCUUUCCAUUCUUGAAGCCAGGAAACAAACAGAGAGAGUCUGGUUGUACUCACAACAGGAGGAUUAGAUAAAAAAGAAUAUGCGAAAUUUGAUUUUAUGGAGCAGAUAUUUGUGGAUUUUGCUCUGUUGUACUGAUGCUCAUUUUAUUUCAAUAUGCCCUUUUUCAGAAGUCAAUUAUUAUAUUUUUGCAUAUUUUUUCCAUUCAUAUGGAGCUCCUAAAGUCCCAAAGUUUUUUUUGUUUUGUUUUUUAAUUUUGUCCAUGCAAAUUAUUAUCUUGUGGGAACACGUUAUGCUGUGUGCACAAGUGAGCCCAUUAUCUUAUGCACACAAGUUAAUUAACUUGUUCCCCCUCAAACAAUAACUUGCAUGUUAAGGAUUAAAGUUAUGGUGUACUCACAAGAUAAUUUACUUUUUAACACAAGAUAAUUAACUUGUGUGCACAAGAAAAUAACUUGUGUGCACAAGAAGAUAACUUGUUUCCACAUGAUAAUAACUUGUGCGUUCAGGAUAAAAGUUAUUAUCUUGUGCCAUCAAAGGUAAUAAAACUUGUUUCCAAAAGAUAAUUAACUUGUUCCCACAAGAUUAUAACUUUUGUACACAAGACAAUAGCUUCUUCCAACAAGAUAAUAAAUUGCACAAAAUAAUUUACUUGGUACUAUAAGAUAAUUAAUUUGUUUCCAUAAGAUAACUUGUUCCUAAAAGAUAAUAACUUGUGCGAACAAGAUAGUGAUUGUAAGUAGCUCCCACAAAAAAGUAACUCGUUCCCACAAAAUAAUAACUUGUUCCCACAGGAUAAUCACUUGUUUCCACAAGAUAAUAACUUGUUCCCACAAGAUAAUAACUUGUUAGCACAAAAUGAUUAACUUGGUACCAUAAGAUAUUUCAUAUGUUUCCAUAAGAUUACUUGUUCCCAAAAGAUAAUAACUUGUUCCAUCAGAAUAAUAACUUGUUCCCACAGGUUACUGACUAGUUCCAACAAGAUAAUACCUUUUUUCCCCACAGGAUAAUAACUUGUUCCUACAAGAUAAUAACUUGUUCCCACAAAAUAAAUAACUUGGUACCAUAAGAUAAUUAAUUUGUUUUCAUAAGAUAACUUGUCCCCAAAAGAUAAUGUGCACACAAGAUGUGAUUGUAAGUAGUUCCCACAAAAUAGUAACUUGUUCCCAUAAGAUAGUAACUUGUUUCCACAGGAUAAUAACUUGUUCCCACAGAAUAAUAACUUGUUCCCACAAGAUAAUAACUUGUUAGCACAAAAUGAUUAACUUGGUACCAUAAGAUAUUUCAUAUGUUUCCAUAAGAUUACUUGUUCCCAAAAGAUAAUAACUUGUUCCCACAAGAUGCUAACUUGUUCCCAGAAGAUAAUAACUUGUUCCAUCAGAAUAAUAACUUGUUCCCACAGGAUAUUGACUAGUUCCAACAAGAUAAUACCUUUUUUCCCCACAGGAUAAUAACUUGUUCCUACAAGAUAAUAACUUGUUCCCACAGAAUAAUAACUUGUUCCCACAAAGUAAUAACUUGUUCCCACAGGAUGAUAACUUAUUCUCACAGGAUAAUAACUUGUUCCCACAAGAUAAUAACAUGUUCCCCUGGGAUCAUAACUAGUUCCCAGAAGAUAGUAACUUGUUCCCAUGAGAUAAAUUAACUUGUUCCCACAAGAUAAUAACUUGGGCACACAAGAUUAAAAAAACAACCUUUCGGGACUUUAGGGGCACUGUACUGUUACAUUUUUGUUUCAUGUCAAGUUUUAUUUCAUAAUGUCGUAAUGUUUUUUAGUGAGAGGCAACAGAGCAAAUGAAUACUGGAAUAACAUUUCAUCAGAAUGAGUUGAGAUUAAAAAAAAAAAAUAAAUAAAAAAAAAACAUUUACUGUCUUUUACACCUCAAACCUACCUGGAAACCCAAUAAUUUGCUAGGUCAUGUCAGGUCAGGCAGCAGAACUCAAUUAACAUCUAUUUAUUAAUUUCUGUCAGCUAAGAGGAGGAUUAUUCCCCAGUCUCUGAUUCCUUUAGUCCCACCCUGUAACUACAUUACACCCUACAAGAGGGCAAAAAAGCACUGACAACGGUUAAAUACCUGCAACAUCCCCUUGUUCACAGACACAUAUAAAAUCCUUCUUGUCACACAUGGAGUCAAAUUUAACGUCAGAACUAAUACAAGCUGAGUUAGCAGUGAAGCACGCAGGUUUGGACUUACAGUAUGUCAGAACAUGGACAUUCCAGGGACAAACAUUAAACCAUGACUCACUCCCACACAGCAGGACUCACUUCCAGCUAUGAAUCAUCUGCGUCAGAGCUAACUGAUGAAGAAACACAGAACCAGAGCUGAGGAGGUUUCAGGACAGAGAUACUUCAACUUCCAUUGUGGACAGAUGGUAAAAAACUAAACGGAUCCAUCAUCCUUUAACAUCAGUAAUGUGUCUGUUGAGUAAACAUAAAAUAGGAGAAAAAAAAAGGAAAUGUUCAACUGUGGAAUGUAAAAUCACAACAAAAUAAAUCUCAUCGGUGUGUUUACUAAUGCUGUUGGUUGUCAUGCAUGUUGGUGAAUGGAAUGUGAAACAGCAGAGUUUUUGGUAAAUGGUCUGUAAAAAAAUAACCAGAGAAUGGAA